AUGAACUCAUCCGCCAUGAUUAACAUGAGUGUUGAUUCCAGAUCGAAUUCACCAAGUCUUCGGGCUCCAGGAUUGUCAUUCAGCUUGGCAAUCCGUCUAAAGAAUCCAGAAACGCUAAAUGAUCCACACAAGCCACUUCAAUAUCCAUUAGCACCUCCAGAUUUCUAUUCUCGUUUUGCUGAAGCUGAUACUGACGCCGAAAUGGAUUUUGAAACUGAAUUCAAUGACGGUAUGGAAGAAGACAGUGAAAGUCAGGGCAUGGUUGAAGACUAUGAGCCCGUUAUGAUGAGACUUGAGCGUGAAGAGACUCGAGGAAGCAAUUUCAUCGAUUGCCGACAGUGUGGCAUCGCUUUCGAUUAUUCGCGAGCAUCUUUGUGGGUGCCCGGCUAUAAACGCACACCUCCAAAGUCCUUCCGAAUUCUAAAUGAGAAUACGCAUCCGCAGAUCGUCCGAUGCCCAAAAUGCAAUACAGAGAAUUGUAUGGGUUGCGAGAAAUCUCCUCAUGGCGACUGCUGCUCAUACGCAAAUUAUCGCGUCGUCUGGCAUGCUUUGUGCGCUGUUGACGAUGCCAUCGUUCAGCAUCGUGUGGGGCCUUCAUACCCAAGGGAUCAUAAUCCUCUCGAUGUGGCAGUCGUAAAAGCUUUGGAUAUUUUGAUUGAACAUAUUCCAAAAAAAGACACCACCUCAUUCGGAUAUUGCGAACUUAUCCGAAAAAGUAUGCUGUUAGACCAGGUAGCAGUUACUAUUCACAACAUGGAUGAAGAAAAUCGAUUCGACACUGUCUGCUUACAGUCUUUGGCAUUUGUACAAAUACUCUCUCAGCGUCAAGAUCUCUGUGGCUUGUUGUUUGAAGAGCGACUCCAGUUUUUGAGAAACUUGUCUCCUGGUGUCAGGGUUCUGGGAUUCCCUGUGGCGUUCUUUACGGCCGAGCAAGUUUUUGACGCCGAUCGAUAUGCGCCAUUGACCUAUCGUAUCUGGCCUAUUAUACAACAGAGCUACCAGUCUGCGCAUGACUUUCUGUCUUCAAAUACUCAACUGAACGAUUCAUGGCCCGCUGUAAUGUUGGCCCGAAACAUUGUUCAUCUUCAUGAUGAGUUGAAACCCAAGUCGUCCCCACCACUUGAACUUAUAAGAUUCGUCCAGGGCCAGAACUUGCAAUCUUUCGCAGCACGCCUCGAGGAAAUGCAUCGAGUUGAGGGAACCCAGUAUGGGGCCGUCCACACGAACACUAGGACGGGACCAUCAUCUUGGGUUACAAAAAAGCGCUGCCAAGAAGCCCAGGAAGCUGCCGAGGAAGACAAGGGGGGAAAGCGAAGAAAGACUACGAAUUAG